AUGCCUUUUAGACCGCUUGUUUGUGAGUGGAUGAGCUGCACUCGAGCCAUCAAUCAAAGGCGACAAUGAAGCUCAGCAUCGCACGGCAUAUCUCUUGGUUACAGCAACAAUUGCUCUCUUCUCCAGAGGCUUCUUGUCGAGACCAUGGGCGUCCAGCGUGGAAAUCAAGGGCAUGGAUAGGUUUCUGGACAUCCUGUACGACGACAGACGGCGAAAAGAUGGCAGGGGUAUUCUUACGUGUAAGCUUUGCGCAGUGCAAAUUCCAUCAAAAUGACAGGGAGAUGCUAAUCGUCUCCUGCUGCCUUUACUUGUUUGCUCCUUUUCAGACGCCAAUCACAUCUCUGUGUAAGUGAGAGAUCGACUCGCUACAAGGCGUCGCUUGCACUAAGUUGCAGUCCUGUAUCUCAUGGUCGUAGAAUGGAUGAUCCCACAAUCUUUGGCAAGAUGCCUUUCAGCACCUUCCAGCGACAAGAGACCACGCGCUGGACUUUGGGCGCAGCGGACAUCAUGUUCACCAAUGCGUGCGUGUAUGCGCCACAAUUUCCUGCGACACUCCGGCUGACCGUCCAACCUCUUCUUCGACCUGAUGCCCAUAGACUUUUCAGGUACUUUUUCACGCACGGUCAGGUGUUGUCUACCGAUCGAGGGCGAGGGGUGUUCCAACCUUCGAUAGACACAGCAAUAGACAAGCUCUUGACGGGCCAAUGGGUGCACAUAUUCCCAGAAGGUUAUGUCAACAUGUCCCGCAAGGCCAUCUGUCGCAGGUUCAAGUGGGGCAUUGGAAGACUGCUGCUCGAAUCUCAUCGAGAAAAGACGCCAAUCGUGAUACCCAUCUGGAUCGAGGGGCUGGACGCCAUGAUGCCUGAACCUAGGAAUCACCCGAGAUGGAUGCCUAGACCGGGUGCAAACAUCAAGAUCACUUUCGGUGAUCCUGUAGAAUCUACGCUAGGGCCCUUGCUCCCAUCCAAGGCACCAGCAUGGCAAACAGUGUCAUCGCCGGUUUCCUCAAAUCAAGCUGCAAGCAAUGUGUCUCUGUCUGACUCGCGUUCCAUCUCGCGCGCAAGCAGCUCUUCGAUAUCAGACGACAUUUCUUCCUUCUCUUCGUCAAUUGACGCCGAUUACCCAGCGCCAACCUCGGACAAGUAUCCCCCACCCACUCCGCUAGCUCCUCCGCCGCCUGGCGGCUACGCUUUGCCACAAGCAGGCAGUCGGUCCCACAACUCUUUAGCUUCCGGAGCAGAUCAGCCCGAAGCCAGGUUGCUUCGCAGCCGGCUGGCUGCAGCACUUAGGGCUCGCUUACUUCAGCUAGGCGAGAAGAGCGCGGGAAAGGAAUUGAGAGGGUUGGUGCAUACCCUCAUGAAGGAGGAGAGGAUAGAGUAG